AUGGCCUAUUCAACUGGUCUUCCUGUUUUACUUCCUGUUCUCCCUGCUGCGAUUAGAAGACGGAUCCCCCGUCUCUAUUCCUCUCUUCACCGGGCCAUGGGAUCGACCGAUCCUUCUGACACGGCGACGGAUGGGCCGGUAGGGCCAAUGCGACAAGCGGAUGCUCAUCGCGAACUGGCACCGUUCUCAUCAACUCCAGAUCUGGGUUAUUGUAGACCGUCAUCUUCAGCGGCGAGUGACUUUGGGGCCGAAGAGCCUCUACGCCCUGCGACAGCGGGGAGUAGUGUUUGUCCGGAGUCGUGCGAUUCGAGUUCAUCGGCUUCGUCUUCGUCGGGGAAGACAUUGGAGGCCUUGGAUCUAGAUGAUGGGAGGGAUGGCGAUGCGAUGGAUCGGGGGUCGAUGCUAGCGAAGUACGAGGUUGAGUCGGGGUUGCGGUGGAAUCGGGUGGUUCCUGCGUUGAAUCUUCUCCGCAACGCGGGAUACGAAGCUCAACAAUCCACCUGCGACGGCCGCUUCGUCCGCUCCCUGUACAUCAAUGCUCUGGGGUAUCUGCUCGACGCUCUGCCGGCUGAUCUGACCGACGAGGAAUCAAUGAUAAUUCACCACAAUCUUCCCGCCGGGAUCAAGGCAACGCUUGCGACGCCCGCGGCUGCGCAGCCCGGAGCCGCUGUUACCAUGGUCGAUCAGUGCGCUGGGACGCGGUAUCCGACGGAGCGCUCGUAUCUGCAUCGUUUACUGGCGUCUAGUAUCGUGCAGUUCUUUCUCAUCGUGCAGUUCUUGCUGCCGUAUGUGAGGAUCUGGCUGCAUCAGAUGUAUCAGUAUGAGAGAUCGCAUCGGAUCACGGAGCGUCUUGUGACUGCGACACUGGAUGCUGCUGAUAGUCUGGGCAAGGGGAGUGUCAGUCUGGGGUCGACGGUGCUUCGACUGAACGAGGGGAAAGUCGGGACAGCGUUUACAAACCUAGCGGCCUGGUGGGUGGAGGGAGUUGCUGGUGGCAUCUAUGAGGGGAUUGGAGAAGGAAUGAUGAUAUUGGGUCUGAUUCGGCCCAAUUCCGAGUGGGAGAGGAUGCCUAUGCAGAUGCAGGGGCGAUGA